AUGGCUGUUUCGAAACUAUCUGGAUUCAUUUUAGCUGUCUUGUUUUUGCGGACCGUGAACGCGGUCUGUCCCCCGAACUGGGUAGAGUACAGAUCACGAUGCUACCACACUUACACCGCAAUGACCUGGGCGGACGCUAAGGCGUACUGCGAGGAACGCGGUUGGGAGAUGUUGGUGAUAGAAUCACCCGAGGAAAACGCCUUCGUCCACGAGGAGCUAACAGCAAGCGGAGGAUGGACACGCGCUUGGCUGGGAUGUAGCGAUGAAGCUCUGGAAGACCACUGGGUGUGUUACUCCGCAGCAGGCGUCGAGGAAAUGAAGUACAUGAACUGGGUUCCCGGCCAGCCUGACAACUAUUACAUCGACGGUGAGCACUGUUUGUCGAUGAGAGACAUUGGCGGAUGGAAUGACAUCCAGUGUCACAAUACAUGCCCGAUUGUGUGCGAGACUAGCAGCAUCCCUAUCGAAGCAGAGCCGACCCGGGUUCUCCCCGCUACGUCCUGCUACGUCUUGGGUGAUGAUGGCCGCAUUCACCCUUGA